AUGAAAUCAGAAGUGGAAAGUACCACUACUGGUGAUAAUAUCCACUUUAAGAUCAAGAAAUGGUCUGCUGUGGCAUUUUGGGCUUGGGAUAUUGCUGUAGACAACUGUGCUAUUUGUCGGAAUCAUAUCAUGGACAUGUGCAUCGAGUGUCAAACGAACGAACCUGCAUGCGAAAGUGACAGAAACAAAUGUACAAUUGCUUGGGGGGUUUGUAAUCAUGCCUUCCAUCACCAUUGCAUUUCCAGGUGGUUGAAAACGAGGCAGGUGUGUCCGCUGGACAACAAUACCUGGCACUACCAAAAUGUGAAUAAUAAUGAAUCUUAA